AUGGGACAUCUCUGCCACCAGCAGCCCCCCGCCGCCACCCCCCAGCGCUGCCGGAGGAAGGCAGGGGACGGCGCGGCGCCGCCGGGGUCCCCGCUCCUCCUCCUCCUCCUCCUCCUCCUCCUCCUCGCCUCCUCGAUGUCUGCUUGUGAAGGUGCACCGAUGCCAUCCCAGGCACUCGAGGCGGAUCAGGAUUUGCAGCUGUGGAAAGAGAUAGACGACGCAUGUUCUGCCUACCUGUCCAGAGAUUCUCAGCCUCAGGCGUCCAGUGCACUGGAAGAACUUUGCUUUCUGGUCGUGGGUUUUCUCCAGAAACCACAGGGUUUAGAUGAAAAAGACAACACCAAAAGGUUCUUAUUUCAUUAUUCUAAGACUCAUGACUCAGGCAACUCAGACAUCACGUCCUCUGUCCUGCAUCCUUUGCUGCAGCUCGUUCCCCAGCUUAAUGAGAGAAGACUGAAGAGAUACAAAGCGGACGAAGAACUUCAAGGACCUGGAGGGAUUCAAAGUCGAGGCUACUUUUUCUACAGGCCACGCAACGGAAGAAGAUCAGUGGAUUUUCGCUAAGGAGGAUUUUAGAUUCCUGACCUAGAACUAAUGCUGCAGGAAUGCUGAGUACAUGGACAUACUGUUUUCCUUACAAAAAUUAUUCAUCUCCAAUGUACAAUUAAAUCACUGGAACGUAAAUGUUCUUAAAUUAGAUCCUGUUAGGAUUCAAAUGUUUCUUUAUUUUGUUGAUUAUAUUAAAAGCAUAUUAAAAUUCGUUGGUUUGUAGUGUUAUGCUGUUUAUAACUGUGUGUAAUGCAACUAUAAAA